UCUUUUUGUCAAUAUGUUUCCACAAUGCCACAAAAAAUGGGCCUCAAAGAAACAGCAUCAGCCAUCAAUGGCGGCAAUUCCACCAUUAAAAUAGUAAUUGAAGAAACCCCAUUCAUAUCACAUGGACCCUCCUCCUGUUCCUCUGGCGUUUUUGACCAUUUUCUGAUUUUCAUCAAUCAAUGCAAUGCAAUCGACUGGGAAUGCAAAAAAAAUUUCUUUGUUUCGAGUUGUGUUGAUGGAGAUUGUUAUUUUUGGAUCUUGAGAAAGCUUCUGGGAAGUUUGAAAUGCAACUAGCAAUUGGUAGCAAUUGAAGCAAAGAGAACUGUUAAAUCAUCCUCUUGGUGCUCACUCAUUCUUGCUUAAAAAGCCUCGAGUCUUGGUUGAAAAUGAGCUUCAAAAGGGAUCUGGAGCUUGUCGUCUUCGUUUUCUGUGCAGUUUUCUGGUAUGCAGCGACUUUUUCUCCGGUCAUGUCAGAGCCGAUCAAAGACAAGGAAGCUUUGCUUAAUUUUAUUAGUAAGAUGGAUCACUCACACGCGAUCAAUUGGAAAAAGAGCACUUCUUUGUGCAAAGAGUGGAUUGGAGUUCAAUGCAACAAUGAUGAAUCUCAAGUUGUAGGUUUGCGAUUGGCUGAAAUUGGCUUACAUGGUUCGAUCCCAGUGAACACUCUUGGCCGACUAUCGGGACUUGAAACUCUAAGCCUAGGAUCAAACUACAUAUCAGGGUCUUUCCCUUCUGACUUCCAAGAACUGAGAAAUCUCAACUCACUCUACUUGGAAAACAACGGGUUUUCUGGUCCAUUGCCGUUGGAUUUCUCAGUAUGGAAGAAUCUCAGCAUCAUUGAUUUGUCCAACAAUGCCUUCAAUGGGAGCAUCCCUCGCUCGAUAUCAAACAUGACACAUCUAACAACAUUAAACCUCGCCAAUAACUCACUCUCCGGUGAGAUUCCAGACCUCCACCUACCUAGUUUGCAGGACUUGGAUCUUUCGAACAACUUCCUCACAGGAAAUGUCCCUCAGUCCCUUCAAAGAUUUCCAAGUCGGGCAUUCUCCGGUAACAACCUUGUCCCCAAGAUUAAGAAUGCUGUUCCUCCAAUUCGUCCUGGACAGUCGCCCAAUGCAAAGCCAUCAAAGAAAGGUACAACAACAAUUGGUGAAGCAGCAAUUUUAGGCAUUAUAAUUGGAGGUUCUGCAAUGGGGUUAGUUAUAGCAGUCACUUUGAUGGUUAUGUGCUGCUCAAACAGAAGAGUGAAAAACAAUGCCUCAUCAAAGCUGGACAAACAAGAUUUGUUUGUAAAGAAAAAGGGAUCUGAGACACAAAGCAACAGCCUCAAGUUUUUUCGGAGUCAGAGCCUUGAGUUUGACUUGGAGGACUUGUUGAGGGCGUCUUCUGAGGUGCUCGGGAAGGGGACGUCUGGGACGACGUAUAAGGCAACAUUAGAAGACGGAAAUGCUGUGGCAGUGAAGAGGUUGAAGGAAGUGAGUGUUUCAAAGAAAGAAUUUGAGCAGCAGAUGGAAGUGGUAGGAAGCAUUGAACAUGAAAAUGUGUGUGGUUUAAGGGCAUAUUACUAUUCAAAGGAUGAGAAACUCAUGGUCUUCGACUUUUACCAACGUGGAAGUGUCUCCGCAAUGUUGCAUGUUGCAAGAGAGAAAGGGCAGUCUCCACUUGACUGGGAAACUCGACUCCGAAUCGCCAUUGGUGCCGCCAGAGGAAUCGCUCGCAUCCAUUCACAAAACUGCGGCAAACUUCUUGUCCAUGGAAACAUCAAGGCAUCAAACGUAUUCCUUAACUCCCACGGCUACGGUUGCGUCACCGACGCCGGUGUCGCUGCUCUCAUGAACCUCAUGGCCCCACCAGCCACCAGAUCAGCCGGAUACCGUGCUCCCGAACUCAAGGACUCCCGCAAAGCAUCUCAAGCCUCUGAUACUUACAGCUUCGGCGUCGUGCUUCUCGAGCUCCUCACCGGAAAAUUUCCACUGCAUACAAAGGGAGGUAACGGUGGAGAUCAGAUAAUCCACCUGGUGCGGUGGGUGAACGCGGUGGUCCGAGAGGAGUGGACGGCGGAGGUGUUCGACGUGGAGCUUUUGAGGUAUCCGAACAUAGAGGAGGAGAUGUUAGAGACGUUGCAAAUUGCGUUAUCUUGUGUAGGAAGAGUUCCGGAUGAUCGGCCGGCAAUGGCGGAUGUUGCGGCUCGUUUGGAGGGAGUUCGCCGGGUGAGCGGCGUAGGAAGCUUACCACCGGUGCUGCCGCCGGCGUUGGAACGCGGAGCGGAGGAGUUGAUCCAGAUUCAAGUGAACGUUGGUGAGGGUGACGGUGGAGCUCCGUCGAGAUCGAAUUGAGGAAUCCGAUUUUGUCAUUUGAUUUGAUUGGUUCCUUCGGGUUUUGGUUUUGUUCUUGCUUCAUCUUUUUGUUUAUAAUAAUAAUAAAAAAUUCAGUAGUACCUUUAAUUCAAAUUUUCACUAUUAAAGAUGGGAUAAAAUUUUGUUUUCAUGUUAUUUGAAUUUUAUCUUUUUUUCACUUGUUUGAAUUAAUGUUUAAAAAGCCUUUGAACUCUAAAGAGCAUUUAAUCGGAUUUCUAAGAAUGUUGAGAAGUUA